CAGGGCAGAGCAGUGAAGGAGGAGACGGUGCCGGCUGGCAGGUGCACCAGCACGCACCAUGCCUUCCUCCUCCGCCGCCGUCUCAGGCCACGGCGUCGCCACUGCCACCGUGCCGUCGAGGGACACGGCUGUCGAGGGCUUCGCCUCGUCCCUGCGCACGCAGGACGAGGUGGACGCACUCUGCGACAAGUACGGCGUACCCAAGGAUCAGUACACCGCGCGACCCGCCGGCGACCUGCGCGCGAACUCGACGCCGCCACCGGGGUCCAUCUGCGUCUACGCGCGCGCUCUGGAGGCAGGGUUGCGCUUCCCGCUGCACGGCUUCUUCCGCGAGGCGCUCGCCCACUUCGGCAUCGCGCCGGCCCAGCUCACGCCCAACGGGUGGCGCGUCAUGGAGGGAUUCCUGGCGAUCUGCCACUCCGCCGGCGUGCCUCCGUCGCUCGCCGUAUUCCUGCGCUUCUUCUACCUGUCCGGCAUCGACCGGAAGCACAAGAAAGGGUGGUACUGUCUCGGGCCCAUACGCGACAGCUCCUGCUUGCGCUUCACGGGGAUGCCGAACCGGGGGUCCAAAUCCAUCAUGGGCUGGAAAUACGACUUCUUCUUCCUCUCGUCGCCGGAGCCGUGGCAUUGCGCGGUGGAGUGGGGUCAGCCGUCCAAGGGCUCCUUCACAAACCCGGCGCUCACCGUUGAGGAAAGCAAAUCGAUGGUGAAGCUGCUAAGUGCCCACAUUGGCGCCGCUGUUGAUCUUAGGAACCUGCUCCCUGCUACGUGCCCACAACGCCGGCGCCGGCGCCGUCUCCGCAACAGCUACCCCGCCGUCUCUGCCGCCGUGAUAACCACAGGAUCCCCGCGGACCCCGGCGCCGCCGCCGCCUUCUUCAACUCGUACUACAUCCUGUUCCAUAGGUAUGGAUCCCUCUGUCUACGACAUGAUGAAGGUUCUGCUGGCGGAGAAGGCGGCCGCGCAAGCGUCGGCGUUGGCGAAGAAGAGGACUUGGGAGGAAGCCAACGGCGGGGAGAACGUCGGACACUCGCCACCUCUUUCAGUGCUGUCCAGCGUGCACUCGCCACCGUCACAGCACUUCCCCAGCAGGCACGACGGACACACGGAGCUGCUGCAGGGAGCCGUCGCGCAGCAGCUGGAGCGCGCGUUCGCGGCGAACGAGCCUUCCGACGACUCAGCGUUCCGGCAGGUGGAGGAGAAGCUGGUGGCCAGGGAGCGAGAGGCCGCCGCGCUGCGGGAGCAGCUGGAGGAGGCGAAGAAUGAGCUCGCCGCGGCAAAGAGAGCGCCGGACGCGGAGCGGGAGAAGGCCACAUCUGAGCUCGCCGCGGUGCGAACGGAGCUGGAGACGACCAAAGCCGAGCUCACGGCGGUGGAGGGGGAGGUGGUGAAGACGAAGGCCGAGCUCUCCGCGUCUCUGGCGGAGGCGGUGAAGACGAAGGCCGAGCUCGCCGCGGCUCGGGCGGACGCGGUGAAGACGAAAGCCGAGCUCGCGGCGGCUCGGGCGGAGGCGGUGAAGACGAAGGCCGAGCUCGCCGCGGCUCGGGAGGAGGUGCUGAAGACGAAUGCCGAGCUCGCCGCUACAAAGCGAUCCAUGGAGGCGGAGUUGGUGCAGGCCAAUGCCGUGCUCACUGCCGCGAAGCGCGCCGCUGAGACUGAGCUGGCGAAGGUGAAGGCCAAGCUUGCCGCCGUGGAGGCGGAGCUGGAUAGCGCCAAGGCGGCAGCGGUUCAGCAGCUCCUAGCCUCCGAGGAGCAUGUGCGGCAGCGCGCGGAGGACGCCCUGGAGGGAUACAAGCGCUGGCGAGGUCGUCACGCUCCGGCCGGCCGUGCCGCCUGAGUACGGUACCUUGUCGAUGGGUUUUUGGAAUUUAAAACCUUCUCUAGGCUCGGUUCAUCGCUGGAGAUCAUAAACAAAUCUUUGCCUGAUCCACUCUAUGCGCUCUGUUCCUCUAUCCUGGUGAAGUGGUGAUCCACUCUGUUUUUGGUUGCCGCAGUUUCCCGAGUACAACAUUGC